UGAAGAAGAAGAAGAAGCCUGUCGCUUCUAGCUGUUUGGCUAACGAUAGUGAGUAGCUUCAGCAUUCUAGACGUGCUCAGGUCUUCUGGACUGAGUUGACUGACACUGAGCUGCCAUCAUGGGAGAGAGAAAAGGAGUGAACAAAUAUUACCCUCCUGAUUUUGACCCUGCUAAGCAUCGCUCCAUCAAUGGCUACUGGAAAACUCAUCCACUGCGUGAGAGAGCCAGGAAGCUCUCACAGGGCAUCCUCAUUAUCAGGUUUGAGAUGCCCUACAAUAUCUGGUGUGAUGGCUGCAAGAAUCACAUAGGCAUGGGGGUUCGAUACAAUGCAGAAAAGAAGAAAGUGGGCAAUUACUACACUACGCCGAUAUACAGGUUCCGAAUGAAGUGCCACCUGUGUGUGAACUACAUUGAGAUGCAGACAGAUCCAGCCACAUGCGAUUACGUCAUCGUGAGCGGCGCAAGUCGCAAAGAGGAGAGAUGGAACAUGACUGAAAAUGAACAAAUACUCACCACUGAACACAGUGAGAAGGAAAAGCUCGAGACUGAUCCCAUGUACAAGCUGGAGCACGGCGGGAAAGACCGAGAGAAGCUGCGUGCUGCCAUUCCAUCUCUUACUGAGAUUCAACAGCGCCAGGCUAGAUGGAAAGACGACUUUGAUCUCCACUGCUGCCUUCGCAAGAAGUUUAGGGAAGAGAAGAAGGCCAAACGUGAAGAGGAGGAGAAAGACAACACCGUGAGGAAGAGGAUGUGUCUGUCUAUACCUUUGGUGCCAGAAAAGAACGAGGACAAAAAGCUCGCUUCGCUACUCACCUUCCAGAGCCCUGACUCAUAUGAGGACAGACAGCAUACAAAGAGGCAGCAGAUCUCCUCUCGCUCCUGGUUUUCUCCAUCUUCCUCCACUCCAACAGGUAGUGCUGUGGGAAGACUCCUGAACAAACUGGGCCAGAAGGGCAGAGGCGCCACUGCUGCCAAAGCUCUGAAAACCACUCCAGGCAGUUCCCUUGUCCGCAGGAGGUCAGACGGUGGUGGUGGUGGUGCCAUUAUUGAUGAUGCCAGCCUGACAGCAUGUUCCACCCAGGAGUCUGUUUCAUGCCCAAACAUUGCCACUUUGGACUCAAAAAACACUGAUUCGUCCUCUAUACAGUGCUUAGAGGACAGACAUGAGACAUGUAGACCAAGCACAGAGGAGAGGGCUGGAAAGCCAUUUCCAGAGGUGCAUUGUGAGACAGAAGGACACAGUAGCACUCAGACCUGCUCUGCAUCGUCACUAGUACCAGACUACAGUGACUCAGAUUCAGAUUAGUGAAGACUGAAAUCGAAGUUGUACACACCGUAGACCAUCUCAUAAAAAAUAAAUAAAUUAUAAACUUUUGGGAAAUGCUGAUAAUGCAGGCUUGGUCAGAAUAAUACAAAUUGGAUCCUCAUGGUGGUCUCGGAAAGUUUGUCAUCAUUAAAAUUCGCAUCGCCCACCUUUACAUGAUGCAUAACUAUUGUGCAGUCUGUUGGACAUUCAUUAGCACCCUUCAUUGUGUAAAAUAUACAUUAUACUUAUUCAUAUCUGGAGAAACUUCUUGUGUGAAUUGACGUAAGGUGAUGAAACAUGCCCAAUCUCUCAAUUGUUAUAUAAGGGAGUGGAGUAAUAAAUAAAUAGCUUUUUUUUUUGAGAUCUUCCAGUAAAUGUUUUCUCGAUGUUUACACAGAGAUGCUGAACCUUGGAUCUGUCUGCAAAAAAAAAAACAACAAGAUGGAUAACCUGAGUGGGCUCGUCAUCGUAGCUUGGAGAUUUAAUUUGUGCUUUAGAGAGUUAAUUGGGUUUAGAUAUAAGGUAAAGCAGCUCUGGUCUAUGUAGACCAUAAAAUGUUUUUUUAUGAAUUGAUGAUAUUUAGCUCCCUGCGGUAUGGUUAAAUAGAGAGAACCACAUCAACCUUUCACACAAUGUGAUUUUCCAAUAAAAUAAGUCACAAAGGUUUCUCAGUUCA